GUGUGUGUGUUUAGUUUCUCUCUCCCUUUUAAGAACACAGCCAGCACGCCUGUCUCCUGCUGUUGCUGCUGCUCUGACUGGCUUUUGCUGCCUCUUGCCUCUUCUUUCUCUUUCUGCUUAGUGCCUGGCCUUCUGAUACCACUCCCAGUAUGGAGACUAGUCAGUCUGCACAGCUGUCUGGGGACCCAGAGUCAACACCUCCAGGGAACACCUCAGCAUUAACCAGUCAAAAUGGCCUGGAGAAACAAGGUGAUCAGGAUUCCUCAACUCCCCUCCCACCUCCAGAGGAGAAGGCAGGUGUGCAGGCUGAACAGGGAGCCCAUGAUAUCUCUGAAGAGCUGAACCGACAACUGGAAGACAUCAUCAGCAUGUACGGAUCUGCUGCUGGCACGGCAGGGAAAGAGGGUGCCACCACAGCCACGGAGCAGCCUGAGAACACAGAACCACCUGACAAUGAGGACAGGGACUAUGAGGAGGCCACUGACGAGAUGGAGAGAGAACCUGUAGCUUCUGGAGAGCCCCUCACAGCCAAAGAGCCUGUCAGCAAUAAAGAGCAAAAAUUGGAAAAGAAAAUUCUAAAAGGAUUAGGGAAAGAAGCCAACCUACUAAUGCAAAAUCUAAACAAGUUGCCAACAUCUGAGGAAAAGCUUGAUUUUUUAUUCAAGAAGUAUGCUGAAUUGCUGGAUGAACAUCGAACUGAGCAAAAGAAGUUAAAACUUCUACAAAAGAAACAAGUACAGAUCCAAAAAGAAAAGGACCAGUUACAAAGUGAACACAGCAGAGCUAUCCUUGCUCGAAGCAAACUGGAGAGCCUGUGCCGGGAGCUGCAGAGACACAACAAGACACUGAAGGAGGAAACACUUCAGCGAGCACGUGAGGAAGAAGAGAAAAGGAAAGAGAUCACAAGUCAUUUCCAAAGCACCCUGACGGAUAUCCAGGCCCAGAUUGAGCAACAGAGUGAGCGAAAUAUGAAGCUCUGUCAGGAAAACACAGAGCUCGCAGAGAAACUGAAAAGCAUCAUUGAUCAGUAUGAGCUCAGAGAGGAGCAUCUGGACAAAAUAUUUAAACACAGAGAACUGCAGCAGAAGCUGGUGGAUGCAAAACUUGAGCAGGCACAGGAAAUGAUGAAGGAAGCAGAGGAACGGCACAAACGCGAGAAGGAAUAUUUGCUGAACCAGGCAGCAGAGUGGAAACUUCAGGCCAAAGUGCUGAAGGAACAAGAGACAGUCCUGCAGGCUCAGCUUACUCUCUACUCUGGAAGGUUUGAAGAGUUUCAGAGCACACUGACAAAAAGCAAUGAGGUGUUUGCCACUUUCAAACAGGAAAUGGAUAAAACCACUAAGAAAAUGAAGAAGCUGGAAAAAGAAACAGCCACGUGGAAAGCCCGGUUUGAGAACUGUAACAAAGCUCUGUUGGACAUGAUUGAAGAGAAAACAUUGAGAGCUAAAGAAUACGAAUGCUUCGUGAUGAAAAUCGGAAGGCUAGAAAACCUCUGCCGAGCUUUACAAGAAGAGAGAAAUGAACUCUACAAGAAAAUCAGAGAAGCGAAAAUGCCUGAAAAAGACGACCAAAGUCAGCACACCUCAGACGAGGAGCUAGAGUCAAAUACCUUUGUGAGUGAAGAGGUUGAUGCCGCUGCAGAGGAAGCCAAUAGGGUUCACAAUGCCGUGCAGAAUCUGGCUGCGGCCUUCAUGGUCAUUCAUCGUCCAGAGUCAACCGUCGACGGGUCUAAAGAAAUCCCAGCAGAAGUCGGCGGUCCUCCAGAGGGCGGCAGCACGACCCUCAAGGAGCCGGAACAAGCCCCCCUGAGCCCUCGAGGCCUUUCAGAGAGUCCCCUGCCUCCACCAAGGCCUCAGGCUGAGACCGCGGGAGGACAUGAAGCCGAACCUCCCCUCAGGGCCAGGAGUCCCCCAGCUGAGUCAGGAGCAGAGGCCCAAAGCUUCCGGCUCCCGACCGAAGCACAGGUGGAUCUGCAGCCCCGGAAGCCGCAGGCAGCAGCUUCCGGUCAGGCGCUGGAGCCGCUCGCUGAGGCCUCGCUCCAGGUGAUGGAGGCCGACCAUCCUGCUCCACCUCCCGCUGCAGGUGAGCACGUGCCAACCGCUGAGGGGCUGCCAGGAGGGGAUACGGCCCUGCCCCAGGGGCCAGAAGUGGCCGACACCAAUCUGGAAGGAGUAGAUUAAGCCUCGUCUGCCUUCAGAGGCUCUUCUUGACUUUCCAUCUUUCACCUGAAAAAGGCAUUAAGAGCUAGAGACAUCUAAUGGAAGAGACUUAAUCAGAUCAAGACAUUUUAAAUGUUAAGUAGAGUACAAUCAGCCUUUGUUAUUUGUUCUCAAUUUGUAACUGAUUUGGAGUUUUUCUAUUUAGUACUGGUUGAUGGUAUAAUUUUCCCAAAUGGCAACAAAAAAUCCGAGUAGCAACUGUAUAUUAAUUUGCCAUUAUGAUGAUACUUAAUUCAGUUUCCUAAUCAACAGUAAAAUUUGGUAUUUAAAGAUUUCCACUACAAUAUAUAAAUACUGAAAAUGUAAUGCUUUAUUUAUUUCUGUAUAGUUUAAUGAGUUCCAUAGUAAGUAGUGGAUGACCAGGUUCCAUUUAAACAUUACAUAUAUAAUAUAUCCAUUUGCAUAUGUAUGUGUAUAUUUUAUACACAUAUAUGCAAGUAUAUAUAUUACACAUACAUUUCUCUCAUCUCUUUGUAUUUCUCUCAUGCAAAAUAUUUAGAUGCUUAUCAAAAAGAUUAUCUCUUACUUGCACUUGAGACUACAGUAGACUAAUGCUCUGUGAAUUUGUUUCAGAACACAAGUAUUUAGGCCAUGUAAUAUUGGGUAACAAUAACAAUGGUAGGUCAAUAAAUUCAAUAAAUGGAUUAAGUGGCAGGACAGAAGUUAGGUUAGAUUGAAGGGCUGUACAGAGCGCAUAGACACAAAGGUGGCCACAAGAGGCUCUAAGGGGGCGGGGGAUAAUCACAGCAGUAGAUGGCUCACCACUUCCAGCUGUUUCACCUGCACAACUCAGCCCUUUGCCUUGCAACCCCCUCAAGUGGUGAGUCAGCUCACUCUUGGCUUCCUGCAAGGAAGGGGUUGGAAGUGGGGAAGGGAGCUAGGGGAUGGAAGGAUUAAGGACCUCAGUCUGAAAGGCUGUGCUCUGGUCCCUCACCUCUUGAGCUACAGAGAUCUCGAGAUAGCAUAUUUAUUUACCUGGCCCUGCCAACUCUUCCCUUGAUUCCCUGUUGUCUAUCAGAGGGUUCCCCAUCACCUUUUGCUGUUACUGCCGUAGCCUAUAUUCUCAAAGCUUCUGCUCCUUCUUUCCAACCCUCUAUUUCACAGCAGGAAAUUACCCUCAGCCCUCAUCUCAAUUAUGGCUAAGGAAAAGAUAUUAUUUUUCCAAAAACAGAAAUCCACACAGGGUUUUAAUAUGAGUGAUGAGGCUUACAAACCAACACAUUUUCUGUUUUGAUGAAUUCUGUACAGCCAAAAGUACAAAGCAAAGGGCAGAUUCAUCCCUACUGAAAAUGACUUGAAAAAAUAGGUGAGGAUUCAGGAGAUGCAAAAGCUAGAAAUACCUGAGUCUCUAAUAAUAUUGACAGCAUGAAUUACUCUAUCUAGAAUAAAGAGAGACUGCAACAAAGACUUAGGAAGGAAGAGAAGGAGGAGGGGAAAGGGAUAGAGGAAGGGAAGGAGGGAGGGGGAAAAAAAUCUAAUCCAAACCUACCUUAAAAGUUGAACUCAAGUAGAAAAAUGGAUAAAAGCAUGAUUCUCUAGUACUCAUCCAAGAAAUCAUUCUUCAGUGUUGCAUGUGGCUGUCUGCUAAAGCACACGAAGUGCUCGUGGGCAGCAACCAUAUGCUAUAAGAAUUGUAAAUUGCUUAAAUUUGUUUGAAGUCGACGGUGAGGGUAAUAACAAAAUGCUUGUCAGGAAGAAAAUCAGGGAAAAAAUGCAUAUCAUUAUUUCAAAACCCAUGUAUUUUUAAAGGCUUAAGCUAUUAUAACUACAGGGUAUCCAGCCAAAUUCAACAUUAACUGGAAAUCUUAGAGAUUUAAACCUUCAUUUAAUUCACAGCCAAAUAUGCCCUAGUACAAACCAGGAGGGUCUCCUUUCCCAUUAUUUACAGGGACUAAACUUCCAAGAAUGGAGUAAGAUUAGAUAAUCACAGUCUGGAUGCUUAGCAAGAGAAACAGGCAGGAGAGGAGCCAAAAUCCAGUAAAUCAAAUAUUCUAAUUCCCAGAGGUCAUUUUUUUUUUUGGUCCAAAAAGCUUUCAUAGCAACACAUUACUCACUAUGGUGUAUAUCUUGAGCAGAGUUUCAGAUACAAUAACUUGCUUGAAAUUUGUAAGGCUUAAUAUAGGUUUUGGAGGAAUUAUUUUAAUAUUCAAAGAAUGUUUCAUUAUAGUCCUUUGUGCUAGAAUUUGUCCUUAGCAUUUAUAACAAUAACUCAUAAGACCCAAAAGAAUAAGGAAUUUCUGUUCUUUAGCAAGUUCAUGUAGCUAUUUUUAGAGAUGCUAAGUCUACUUUCCAGAAACACUGGAGUUGUUGGUGUUUUCUAAAUUAAAUAAUUAUAAUUUAUGUAUUUAUUAAAAAGUCAUCUCUCUUCCCA